AAGGGGGACGAAGAAAACAUUGAGUGCUGCCAUGUAAAAGAUCUUUGGCCCAAACACGCUCCAGAUGAAGAGGUGGUUGCGGUGGAUGAAGCAGACUGUGGCCGACAUGGUAGUAGUCGCGGUAAGAAGACCCAGACUGAGGGAACCGAAGCGACUCUUAAGGCCAUUAGACAUAUUCCACUUCAACCCUCGAGUUUGCUGAACUCGUCUCGCAAAGAAGCGGUAGAAGAGGGAGAGCUGCCAGAAGAUGGGCCCUGCAAAAGUGUAGGACGCUGUGAGGAGAAGGAAGAUGGGGUCGGAGUGGCUGGAGAGUCCAACGUAACCGGCAGACAGAUCGAUCGUAUGAAAUUUAUUGGAGUUUCCCUAGGCACCGGAGAAUGCACAGGUUACUGA